GUCUACAGCACACUUCUGUGUAAACAAGACCCACGCAUAUCCCUCCUCAGUAUUAAUUUGAUCUCUUUGGCAUUUACUGUCUUUAGGAAGCAAAACCUGUCCCAAUUCCUCUGUUGCCCAUCUCCCGUUACACUAAACGACACGAAACAGGCCUCUGCAGUACCUACGUCUCGACUGUUUUGUUAGCAGUGUGCUUUCUUGACUAAUGCAUUGCCAAGAACAUAUUUCAGAAAGAAACGUCGACGUUCAGCACGUUAACAUCCGACCUACGAAGACGCUGUCCUCCAAGCCGCCAUGUCAGAGGGGAGAGGAUCCACGCUCAUGAUGGCUCUGCUGGUCGCAGGGAACCUGUUCCUGGCGUUGUGUGGCCUGGCCCUCUACGCCGUGGCGAUCUGGGUGGCCACGGACGGGUACAGGCUGUACCCCCUCUCGGCCGUGUCGGGCAAGGACGACAUCUUCGCCGGCUCCUGGAUCGCCAUCUUCACCGGCUUCGCCUUCUUCUGCGCCGCCGUCUACGGCGUGUUCGCCGCCCUCCGGGAGAGCCGGGCCAUGAUGCUGCUGUACCUGGUCUUAAUGCUGGUCAUCUACAUUUUUGAAGCUGCUUCUGCAAUCACAGCUGCCACCCACCGGGACUAUCUGGUUGGCAACAGCAAUCUGAUAAAGAAACAGAUGCUGACGUACUAUGCGGAUGACAGCGACCCGGGGAGACAGGUGACAACCACAUGGAAUCGCGUCAUGUUGGAAGUGAACUGCUGUGGGACCGACGGCCCUCUGGACUGGAUCAGCUACAACUCCACCUUCAGGUCCAAGUUUCCCACUCAGGAGUAUCCCUGGCCGCUCAACUGCUGCAAGAGGAAGGACAACUUCGAGGUGCUCAACCUGGACGCCUGCCGCAUCGGGGACUGGAACUACAUGAACUACAAGGGCUGCUUUGACCACAUUGAGUUCGUCUUCAAUCAAUAUGCCUGGGCCAUCUGUUGGUAUGGCUUUGCUGUCCUGAUGUUUGUGCUGCCCCUGAUGCUUCUGGCGAUGGUAUACUACCUGAAGCUCUGAAGAUCUUCCAUCUACUCUGGAUUAAGCUGCGUCAGUUUGUUUGUUUUUUUUUUAAAGCCGAAGCACACAAAGAAUCCCCAACCGAGACGGAAAAAACAGGACAGCUGUCACCCUGGUGUCAGGAGCUCAUUGAAGACCGCAAGCUACUGUAUGCCAGGCUUGCUAAGAAGGUGACUUAUAUUUUUGGUUCUCCCAAAAUACCCCCCACCCUGAUAGGGGGGGAUUCUGGAUUGAAAGUCAUGGCCUGGACUGAAUUAUUAUUAUUAUUAUUAUUAUUAUUAUUUUUUAAGAUAGAUGCAGCUUCUUCCUCUGCACUCAUGAACAAGAUGCACAGAGCACUGUGGGUUGGGGCGGUUUCCAGAUGGUAUACAGUAUAUGUCUGUGCCUUGUGCCUUAAGGAAACCCAUAUACCUGUCCCUUGACUUUAGGACCCCUGAGUAGCACUUUACUAUAUUGUGGAAGCUGGAAUUAAUAUUUAUAUACUUGAGAGGGGUUGUUUCUUCAACUCCCAAGUACCAGAACAAAAGAUGGUGACCAUUGGCCUUAUUCUCAGUUCAGCCUUAAAACUGUCCAAUUGCUGUAUAUAGAAGAGCUGGGAGCUGUCAAUAACUGUUGGUGGUCCUAGUGGGAGCAGGCACUGGGGGUGACGCCUUGUAUCCCCAGGGUGCUUGGUGGGGUCUAGAUCUGGGUGCUUCUCUAUCGAUAGUCUUGUCAGCCUGCAUGUCUGCUUGAACUCUUCUUCUGCAUCCGGGUUCGAGGGGAGGUGGGUCAGUUUGUUUUUUUUUUUUUUAAUGAGUUGGAUGGAAAGUCUUGGAGAGGAGACUGGUCCACAGAUGCUGUUUGAUACCGUCGCACUUUUAAUUCUUGAGUUGCGGUGGAUGUUGGCCCAACCAAAAUGUUUGCACGUGCGGUCACCCAGAUCUUGUCCUGAAGUGUUUUUUUUUUUAACAAGACUGUCAGUAAAGGCUUCAAAUUAAAUUCCUGGAAAUCCUACUAGAUUCUGGAGCCAACUGGUCAGAUGUACAGAAGCACAGCAGUGACACUGGGGAGGGGCUGUGAGAUUUGUAACAGGGAAGCAGAUACAGUUUGUAAGCUGAGUUUGACUAAACUUGAUCCUGUUGUUUGGUGUCUUGUGUUUCUUAAGUAAUGAAUGAAUUCACUCAUUUCUCCUCUCUUUCGCUUUGCAAAGGACUUCUUAUAGGAACAGUGGGUGCACUGUUUCAACACUUUUGAUAUUGCUGUAGAAUUCAGCAGUGCAAAAGUAAUUUUAAAAUGUAAUACUUUGGCAAGACAGUCCCCCACUUUCAAACAAAACAUUCUGUGCAAUUCAGAUCUCUUAAAUCGCUUAUAUAAUGAAAUCCAGUGGAAUUUGAUGUGCACCCUUUGAUGUGCAAUUGUCAAUACACUUUCCUAUAGGCUAUAUAUAGUUAGUCUGUUUCUCGUUAGCUAAGCAGUAUGGGAAUGGAGAGCUUAAACUUUGUGAAAUCCCGUGCUGUAGUUAAAUCAAAAUGUAUGUCUUGUUGGUUAUAUUUUUAUAAACAGUGUAUUUUAUGUUUUAUUUGAAAAUAAAGGCAC